CUCUCAUUCCUUGAACAUUUGCUCUCUCUCUCUCUUUCUCUCUCUCAUGCAGCUUUGUAAUGAAAGCAGUGCAUGAGGGUCUAGAUUGAUUCUCCAAGAUUGAUCCUUUUUGACUAACCCAUUGAGGAUUUCAUGCUGAAGUUUUCAUCUUUGGGUUUAUCAAGAUCUGUUUAUGGCUCAAGCCACCAGGCAUAGAGGGGGUGAGAUGGACACAGCAUCUAUAAAAUGUCUAAUUAAUAGCAUAUCUCGGCUGGUUCUUUUAGUUUCAUGCCAAACACUUAGGUCUGUGCCUGUUCAGAAGGUUUACAGAACCAUAGUUGAUGUAUUGAAGCUUUUGAAGCCAUUACUUGAUGAGGUAGUUGAUUACCAUAUACCUUCAGAUAACAUUCUUUUUCAAGAGUGUGAAGAAUUGGAUAUGGUUGUCAAUGAAGCCAGGGAAUUCAUGGAAAACUGGUCUCCAAAGUCAAGCAAACUAUUAAGUGCUUUGCGGAGUGAGCCAUUGUUAACAAAGAUACAAACUUCAUCGCUCAAGAUUUGCUGUACAUUAAGUAGAUUAUUACAGUCGUCUUCAUCUGCUUCAGGUUUAAUGGGUCUUCAGCAAUGUAUGCAGGAAAUUGAACGUUUGAAGCCUGAAAAAGUAACAGAAUACUUAGAAGAGGCUUUGAAAAGUCAAACAAAAGAUUUCAUGCCUUCCACCAAAUAUCUUAUGAAAAUUACGGAAUUGCUUAGCUUGACUUCCAGUCAAGAACUGCUGAAAGAAAGUAUUGCUGUGGAAAAGGAAAGAAUGAAUGCUGAGGUUCGUGAUAUUAGGGGGGAGCUAGCUCAAAUCGAUCAGGUUGUGGUUUUUGUCUCUCAUAUUCGCGAAUUCAUGGUUAAAAGUGACCACAUUACCGCAUCUGGCUUCCCGGUCCCUCCAUAUUUCCGCUGCCCUUUGUCUUCAGAACUCAUGUUGGAUCCUGUGAUUGUAGCUUCGGGUCAAACAUAUGAGAGAACUGCCAUCCAAAAAUGGCUUGAUCAUGGGUUGAUUAUCUGCCCCAAGACCCGUCACAGGCUGACACAUACAAACCUCAUUCCCAAUUAUACUUUCAAAGCUAUGGUAGAAAGUUGGUGUCAGGAAAAUAAUAUUAAACAUGCGAAGAACCCUGACUGCACUAAUGCUAUGACCUUUUCAUCUCCAUCAGGUCACAUCUCUCCUGAAGGUUUAAUUCACACAGAUACCCAGUACCAUAUCAGCAGUAGCAAUGUGAUAUCAAGAUCCUCUGUCGAAGUUGAGAAGCAAAGAAAAGAUGUAUCUCCUAGAUUGAGUGGAGAAAACUCCAAUGGAUGUCCUAGAGGUGAAAAAGGCCAGGCAUCACCAAAACAGUCAUAUAUUCAUAGCAGGAGUGAAUCAGCUUCAAGUUUUGUUUCCAGUGUUGACUAUAUGCCUCCACCAUCUAUUAAGGUAUCAGGGAUAUCCAAUAAGGAUGAAAAGGAUGAGUUUUCUGGAGAAAUCACAUUUGAGCAUCCUAGUGCUUGUACUCCAAAUAAAGAAUCAGGAAUUUUCCCUGGCCUAUCUGGAAAAAAGUCUCACCUUUCAAAUGCCAAAGCAGAAGUGGCAUCAUGGCAGGACAGUCCUAAUUACCCAAACAAACAGCUGCUUCCAUUUUCUUGCUCAGAGUCUGAUGGGUUGACAACAACAUUUCAUGUCAUGAAAUUAAUUGAAGACCUUAAGAGCCAAUUAGACGAAGUGCAAACUAUGGCUGCAGAAGAAUUGCGGCUUCUUGCAAAGCACAAUAUGGAUAAUCGCAUUAUUAUAGGACAGUGUGGUGCUAUAACACCAUUGCUUUCGCUUUUAUAUUCAGACGUGAAGAUAACGCAAGAGCAUGCUGUGACAGCUCUUUUGAAUUUAUCAAUUAAUGAAGACAAUAAGGCCAUGAUUGCAGAAGCAGGAGCAAUUGAACCACUAAUCCAUGUUUUGAAAACUGGAAAUGACGGUGCCAAAGAGAAUUCAGCUGCAGCUUUAUUCAGCCUCUCUGUGUUGGAUGAAUACAAGGCCAAAAUUGGCCGUUCUGGUGCAGUGAUGGCCUUGGUUGAUCUUCUAUGCUCUGGGACUCUUAGAGGGAAGAAAGAUGCUGCUACAGCACUGUUUAACCUCUCUAUUUUUCACGAAAAUAAGGCUCGCCUAGUUCAAGCGGGGGCUGUGAAGCACCUUAUUGAGUUGAUGGACCCUGACACUGGGAUGGCUGAUAAAGCUGUUGCUCUUCUGGCAAAUUUGUCCACCAUUGCAGAGGGGCGCUUAGCAAUUGCUCGGGGAGGAGGAAUUCCAUUACUAGUUGAGCUUGUGGAAUCAGGUUCUCAGAGGGGAAAGGAAAACUCUGCCUCUGUUCUCCUGCAAUUGUGCCUUCAUAGUCCAAAGUUUUGUACUAUGGUUCUUCAGGAAGGAGCUGUUCCUCCCCUGGUCGCUUUAUCUCAGUCUGGCACUACAAGAGCAAAGGAAAAGGCACAGCAGCUUCUCAGCCACUUCCGGAAUCAGAGAGGAGGGGCUAUGAAAGGAAAAUAGAAACAUUUUCUUGAACUGCCGCAGAUUUUUUUCUCUCCUGAUUUUGCUCCUCCAUAAUAUUUCUUCUCCCUCGAGAAUUUUAUAGGGCCAUUCUUUUUCCACAUAUUCUUUACUUGUACUUUUGAUUUUAGAAGAGUGUAAAGUUUUUGCACAUUUUUUUUUUGAUGAGUGAGCUAAGGAUUGAUUGAGCCUAGGAUCUCCAAACUUCUCUUUCUGUGUGUUUUGUUCUACAUUUUGGUUUCUCUUGUACUUAUGCUAGGUAGGCUGCUUUUGCUCUUAGUUUCAUUGAGAACAUAGCUUCGUUGAGUGACCGCUGUGAUUGAUUUGGUUCGAAUACAUUGCUGUGCAUAUACCCUGUACAUAUAAUAUACUCUUGUGGAAUCUGCAGUAUGAUCAGAGACUUUAAUUUAUCAUACCAUAUGCUAUAUUAUGCGCACUAAUUCUGGUUUUCUCGGCA